AAUAUUUUUUAUAAUAUUUAAGUAUAAAAAAUUACAGAUAAAAUCCACAUUCCAAGUUAUCGUGGGUGGAAGCAGCAGCGUCUAUUGAUAGGUGGGCAGAUGUGACGUAAUCACGUACAGUGGGACGUCUCGGAUCAGGAUAAACAAAAAGGAAGGAAGCCUUCGGCGACACUAUCGCGGCAAAAUUGGAUUUAAAUUUUUAGCUUCCAAUCUAUAGUUAGCAGCUUUGCGCACUUUUAUUUGUUACCUAGAUAGUCACAGGCAGGCGUUAACAAUCAUGGACGACGCGUUACUGUUUCGUAUGAGCGCCUUUUCCGACCAAGGAGGGAGAAAAUACAUGGAGGAUGUUAUCGAGAUAAGAAUCGAAUACGAGCCGACGGCGUCAACAGACGAAGAUUAUCUAAAGUCUCAGGGACAAGUAGGGCACGGGAAGGCGGAAACCAGUCCCACCAAACGAACAAUAACAGAGCAACAUAUCAAAUCCGCUCCAGCCACCGCAGCGUGGGUCGAGACUUUAUCAGAUGGAGACAUUUGCAGCAUCAGUACCCCAGAAGAGGAGUCGAGCUCCGCAGACGCAGAGGAUGGUGUUGACACUCGGAAAUCGGUGGCGUUUUUCGCUGUGUUUGAUGGUCACGGCGGUCGUGAGGCGGCACAUUUCGCUAGUGAGCAUCUGUGGGAUCUGCUGAAGAGACAGCGGGGCUUCUGGUCUAAGGAUCACAGCGAGGUGUGUGCUGCUCUACGAAAAGGCUUCAUCGCCUGUCACCACGCAAUGUGGAAGGAGCUACCGGAGUGGCCAAAGACCAUCACUGGCCUUCCCAGUACAUCCGGCACCACAGCCAGUGUUGUAGUAAUCCGUGGAGUUCACAUGUAUGUUGCACAUGUUGGGGAUUCAGCGGUAGUGGUUGGAGUGAAGGAAAAUGACUCUGAUAUCACGCUGCAGGCGCUUGAAAUCACGCAGGACCAUAAACCUGAGCUUCCCCAAGAGAAAGAGCGGAUUGAGCGACUAGGAGGCAGUGUCAUGAAGAAAUCCGGAGUGAACCGCGUUGUAUGGAAAAGGCCCAGAUUGACACACAACGGCCCCGUGAGGAGGAGCACAGUCAUAGACCAGAUCCCGUUCCUGGCGGUAGCUCGAUCACUUGGCGAUCUGUGGAGCUAUGAUUUCUACAGUGGGGAGUUUGUGGUCUCACCAGAACCUGACACCACAGUGAUUACCCUUGACCCCAAACGGCAUCGUUAUAUCAUUCUCGGGAGCGAUGGAUUGUGGAAUAUGAUGCCACCCAAAAAUGCUGUUAAUAUGUGUCACAGCCACGAUAAAAUGGUGGGACCAAAGGGAAUGUCUUGUGCCCGGAGGCUGGGGUGCACAGCUCUCCUGUUUUGGAAAGAACGCAUGCUCCGGGCAGACAAUACGACAGUCAUCGUCUUGGCCCUGCAGGAACGCGGAGGCCCACCCAUCCCGAUGCAUCGAGAUGAGAUUGUUGUUGACAUGGCUACGGGAAUUGAUCAAAUUCCAUACCCAGGAACUCCUUAUAACACAUGUGAAAUCCAAAAGCCGAGCGACCUGCUGGAUGCUUCCUUCCCACUCAGAGAACCCCCCACAACCCUGGAGCAGGCGUUCGGGCUGUACGAAGCAGCGUUCUGUACCACCACGCAGCUCUUACCCGAUGCCGAGCCAACGCUACACCCCUCGGGCAGUUCCGCGAAUGUUUUCGAAAAACAGGACCCGACUACCCAGAUGGACUCUGCUGCUGCUGCUCGUCUCGUCAAAAGAUCCCACUGCUCUUUACACACACACCCCAAACUCAAAGGUCCAUAUCACAGAAUUGGCCGAACCCCUAAUAAAGGUUUCUCCCAGAAUACGCUUCACGCCACAACGGGUAACGGACACGGUCAAAACACAGAAGCCAACUCCUCUGAGGAAGAUAGCAUCUUGCCUCAGCACCACAGCUCUGCCUUGCGUGUGUGCUGAAGACCCCCUUCUUCCCUCGUUGACACUAAGUCUGCAUCGUGUUAGCCUCGCUCGCCCACCAGGCGUGCCACAGGCCCCUUCCUAGAUGUCUACUUUUAUACAAAGUCUUUGUUGAUGUAAAUAUGUGAGAUAUGAGUACUUUAAGUGUUCUCUUGUAUGGAUUUGCUUUCUUUUUACUGCUUAUCCUUUAAAUUUUAGUGUUGACAUUUUUUUUAUUGCUUGAUCUAUUUUCCUACUUUUAGGUUUUUAUGGUUUAUCUAAAGGCGAGUUCUGAGAUGUGACAGAAUCGGGCCAUGUCAUCUUCCACAUUUUAUUCAGAGUGAACUAUUUGUUGCUGUAAUUUAACAGUAAAAUCGUGCUAAAGAUUCUUCAGCACCUUCAAAUCCAUCAUGACCUCCUUUUGUCACAUUUAUGGGUAUCAAUCUGGAUGAGUUUUUAGUUCUGCGGCUUCAUAUUUCAUCUCCAGCGCCCUUUAGGUCACGCAGCUGCUGAAUUUCAGUCAUGUUUUAUUAGUUUUUGUCCUGCCUUUAUGCAUCAGCCUUUUGGACCAUUUUUCUCAACAUAAAUCAAAUUAAAAAAAAAAACAUGACAUGUUACUGACCAUCUAAUGAUCGUACAUUUUUCAGUGUUUUUAUAUUGUUCCAUUCCAAGCAACUUCAUGUAUUUCCUUUUGCAUCUGGAUUAAGAUUAAGUUGCUUUGGUAUGUUCUUACUGUGUCUAGUUCUAAUUCCAUUUUUGGUUCUUUUUAAAACACAGCUCUGACAUCAUUUAGAUCAGCUAUGUCAACAUGCUGACUUUACAGGGUUAGGCUUUAAAAACCAGGUUAUCUUUAGCACACUACUGAUGUCUGAAUGCAAAGAGCAGGAUAAGUACUGGGCUGUAUACCUCCUGUACUUUGUAGUACUUAUUUGAGUACUGCUGCAGCCUGUGAUUUCACCACUCUGGUUUCUGAGGACAUAAAGCAAUUUCAGCUGGAAAAGGAGAUAUUUUAUUUGACAUGUACAAAAGCUACACACACACACACGGAGCAGAGCAAUAGCUCUGAGGAUAUUUUGCAGUUGGCAAACGAAACUGUCAGCAAGGUGAAGAGAAACCUUUCCUGUGUUUUAAAAAGAACCAAAAAUGGAAUUAAAAUUAAGUUCUUAUGCUUUUCUGGAACCAUGGAUGUUUUCAGUAAUCAUGGGAAUAAACAGAUGUUAUGGGUGUUUAUAAGCUAAAUUCACUUCCUGUUUUCAGUGCACUACAAUAGCAUGACUUCCUUUGUUGUUGUUGUAGGUGUUUCUUUACUUGCAAGAGAGCAAAGCACAGGUGUGUUAGCAAGGGCUGCGUUCCACUCCUGCAGCUAUGCAUUGUGAUUGUUCUGGAGAAAGUUGAAUGCAUUUAGAGGAAAUGGCACUUAAUCACGUGAAAAAUUGAAAAGUAACUUGGUUAUUUCAACAGAGCAUUUUAUUUUUUUAUCUGUUUACAUUAAAAAGUCAUGGUUGCCUUAGCACAAACUACUUUUUUAAUAUAUUUGCUGCUCAAAAGCAACAGCAGCCGUUCAUCGUCA